CUCCUCCGUCCACCACCCUAGUUCCCUGUCCCGGAUUACAGUCUCCGUCCCUCCGCUGCCUGCGUGUGAAGAUGUGUUCCCUGGGCUUUGCCAGGUCUCUGGGAUUCGCCCUCAUCCCUCUCGCCACUUGCUGCAUCGUGGCAAACGUCCUGCUCUUCUUUCCCGACGGGAAGAUGAUAUACAUUCAGGAGGAUCAUGUGACCACAUAUGUCUGGUACCUUAUGGGGAUCGGAGGAGGUGGUUUUCUGGUGCUGAUCCCGGCCUGCGUGUUUCUGGGAAUGGGGAAGUGUGUGGACUCCUGUGGGACAGAGAACUGUGCGAUGUGUGGUUCGGUGAUGGCGGCUCUGGUGGGGCUCUCCGGCUCGGGCUUCUGCUUCCUGAUCUCCGCUGUGGCGCUCCUGAAGGGCCCGUUCUGCUUCACCUCACUGGGAUGGGAAUCUCCCUUUGAGGGCGACGGAGGACGGUAUCUGCUGGCUCCAGAGAGAUGGUCAGUCUGCACGCAGCCGGCGAGCGUGGUGGAGUGGAACGUGACGCUGCUGUCGAUCCUGCUGGGCCUCAGCGCGCUGGAGUUCCUCAUCUGUGCCCUGCAGCUCAUCAGCGGCCUGGUGAACGCCGUGUGCCGGCCCUGCUGCUACAAGCAGGAGUACAGCCUGAACGCUUGAGGACGAGCGCUCCCCGACGCUGGACUGAGGCAGAGACACAGAUCUGACAGUCACACACACUCACAGCUGUGUUUCUGACUGCAGUCGAGAUCCUAUUAGCAGCGCAUGUUUUCUGUAUAGAACAAACAUUUGUAUUGUAUACUAGCUGCAUUAUGCAUUUUGCUAAAACAUAAAAGUAUUUUUGUAUGAGUUCUGGUCGUUUUGUACAGGAAGCUGUUUUGUAAAUUAUUUAAAUACUGAGAGUAUUAGAAGAACAGUUGAUGAAUGUUGUUUUAUAUAAUUAUAAACGCUGUAAUAUGUUUUGAAUAUUCCCUUCAAUAAAUACAUAGGUUUCGAG